GAGAGAGAGAGAGAGAGAGAGAGAGAGAGAGAGAAGACAGAGAGAGUGAAAGAGGGACAAUGGAAGCUCUAGCGGUCUUUGGAGGAAGUCCUUGUGUUUCAACUUCAUCUCUUCAGUCAGCUUCAGCUACGACUAAAAGGAGUGGGAGCUUAUCUUGCACCCACAAUCUGACUCUGCGCACUCGCCAUCUUUCUGCAUUCCAUGGGUCUCCUUCCCUUUUCUUGUGUUCCCCAACUCUUUCCCAUGCUAAAAGGCGAGCCAGGAAGAUCAGACCCAAUAUCUUCCUUCCUCACUUGAUUGAUUCCAUGGAAGAUGUUGAAGAGACAACAUACAUAACGGUGAAGCCCGAUGGCGUCCAACGUGGCCUGGUUGGAGAGAUAAUUUCUCGGUUUGAGAAGAAGGGGUCUAAAUUGACUGGCUUGAAACCUUUCCAAUGUCCCAAGGAAUUGGCCGAGGAGCAUUAUAAGGAUCUUCAGGCCAAGCCAUUUUUUCCUAAGCUUAUCCAAUGCAUCACUUCUGACCCAGUUGUGUGCAUGGCUUGGGAGGGUGUUGGUGUUGUUGGUUCUGCACGUAAACUUAUCGGGGCAACAAAUCCUCUUCAAGCUGAACCAGGCACCAUUAGAUAG